UGCGCUUUCCUUGGACAAACGUAGGAGAUAUAUGUAUCGGUAGUCUCCUUUAUUUCUCAUAAACAAACAUCCUAUCGGUACCCGCAACACAGCAUUAGGAUCAUCGCGUUCCAUCCCGUCUCGUCUUCGCCCCCAAUUGUUGUACCGCCUCAUGACGUUGAUCGAGCUGGGUUCGCCUUCCGCCUUGCAGGAAUUCAUCGCGUCCCAUCGCAACGUGAUUGUUACCUUUUCCGCGCACUGGUGCGGCCCUUGUAAGUCUUCGCAUCCCGCCUUGCGAGACUUGGCGGACCAGGCCAAGGCGGACGUGAACAAAGAUGUCCGCAUGGGUAUCGUCUACGAGUCGGAUAUAUCCGACGCCAUUCACGACUACGCAGUGCGUGCCUUUCCCACGUACGUUUUGUUCCAGAAUCAACGCGAACUCGAGCGAGUGGAAGGAGUCAAUUUCGUGGCCAUUCAAGCCAUGAUUGAUCAACACUGCGUCACCGUGUUGAAAGGUGGCACAGCCUUGGGCAGUAGUAGUAGCGCUGCCGACGCCACCGCAUACACCCCACUCAGUCCGGCAGCCGCACGGGAAGCCCGGCUCGCCCGGUUGACACAAAAUCACCCCUCCGCACCUCAACCCGCACCCGCACUGUCGAUACCCGCGGCGCAUCGCAAACCGACGCCGACUCCAUCCACCGACAACGAAAACGCCCCGGACGAUGUUGAAAUGAUGGAUGCGGAUACCAACGCGAACACAAACACAAAUGACCCGACCGCCGAACUGGAUCCCAAUGUCCUCCGAACCUUGACCGACGAUAUGGGAUUCCCUCUCUUGCGGGCGCAAAAGGGAUUACUCUUUGGUAACGGUGCAACCGUCGAAGCCGCCGUGGAAUGGCUCACGCAACAUCAGGACGACGACGACAUUGACGAACCCAUUCCUGCCAACGCGGGAGCCGUCGCGCAGUCCUACAAAUGCAACGAGUGCGGCAAGAUUCUUUCCAACAUGGCCAAUUUGGAAUUGCACGCCAAUAAAACGGGUCAUUCCGACUUUGAAGAAUCCACCACUGCCGUCAAGCCCCUGACGGACGACGAAAAAAAGGCAAAAAUCGCCGAAAUCAAGGAACUCCUCCGUCUCAAACGCGCCGAACGCGAAGAAGCUGAAAAGGUAGAUCUCACGGAACGGGAAAAGCAACGCCGAAUGAUGGGCAAAGAAAUGUCCAAAACGCGGGAAGAAGUCGAAAAGGAACAGCGCAAGCGGGAAGCUUAUCUGCGCAAGAAAGAAAAAGACGACUUCAAAAGAGAGCGGGCGCGGAUUCGGGCCGAACUAGCCAAAGACAAAGCCGAACGGCAAAGUAACAAAGGCAAACUCAGCUCGAAACUGGGUAUUGACGGAUACAAUCCGGACGGUAUUCAGUACGACGUUCCGGGUCAGGCCGGCGGGGACGCCGCUAUGGACGACGAGCAGCAUCAACAUCACCAGCAGAAACGACUCAAGGCCAGUGCGGCCAAGAUUGACGAGUACAUUACCAAAGUUUCGGCGUACAAAGCGGGUGGGGACGGUGGUAAGUGUCUCAAAGUGCUCAAGAUCUACAUUGGCAACGUCGUGGACCACCCAGACGACCCGAAGUACCGGUCCAUCAAUACGGAUAACAAGGCUUUCAAAAUCAAAGUCAAACCGUUCAUUGGCGCUAAAGCUUUACUCCUGGCGGUAGGAUUUGCACCGAGCCAGAGCGAAACGGCGUUGGAACUAGGCGAAGGGGCCAAUCACGAAUUGUUGGUCAGUACCAAGGGAAAGUUGGAAUCCGCCAUUGCGGCGUACGGAUAG